AGCCAUUUUGGCUUAAAGCAUUUUCCACUCACUCAGCGCACAGUCCAACUGCUACUUUCAACCGAUCCCACUCAGCGAUGGCAGCCGAACUGAAGGCUGAGAUUGAAGCGCUGGUUGCGAAGAUUGGUGACAAGGCAGCUGGGCAAUCUGCCCUGGAAUCUCUGGCCAAGAUCGCAGAGGAGAAGGGUCGUCCGGCCGAGCCCUUCCUGGUCUCGGCCUUCCCCAAGAUCUUGGAGGCCUCCAACGACAAGUCCAAGAACGUGAAGGAUGCCGCGGUGGCGACCAGUAAGACCAUCAUGGGCAUGGUUUCCCCCUUCGCGGUGGAGAUGUUGCUGCCGGCCUUCCUCAACGGCCUGGCCGUGAAGGCCAAGCCGCCUCAGAAGGAGGCCACGCUGCAGAUCAUCUCGGCCUUGGCGGCCAAGGCGCCCAGGGCUGUGGGAUAUCUGCUGGUUAACCUGGUGAGUCCUGUGGCGGAUCUGACCUGUGACAUCAAGAAGGAGGUGAAGCAGGCGGCCCUGGAAUGCAUGACCGCCAUCUGCAACUGCACUGGCAACAAGGAUCUGGAGCCCUUCCUUCCCGCGGUGGUGGAUGCGGCCUCCUCCAUUGACAAGACCCACAACUGCGUGGAGAAGUUGGCCGGCUGCAUCUUCGUGCAGAACGUGGAGGCCCCAGCCCUGGCAGUCACCAUCCCGGUGUUGACCCGCGGCUUGAACGACAAGAACGAGGAGGUGAAGCGUACCUGCUGUCAGAUCGUUGACAACAUGUGCAAGUUGGUGGAGGAUCCAGCAGAGGUCCUUCCCUUGAUGCCCAAGCUGGAGCCCUUGGUGAAGAACGCCACGCAGAAGAUCUCGGACCCCGAGGCGCGCGGCGUCGCGGAGAAGGCCUACAAGACGCUGCAGAAGGCCGCGGGCGAAGGCGCGCAGUCGCUGCAGCAGGUGACCUCGGAGGCGGCCAAGAAACAGGUGGAGGAAGCCCUGGGAGGCGCCAAGGGCUCCGGAGAGGUCUUCGAGGCCGAGCUGCAGCAUGUCUCGGCCCUGGCGGCCUGCGCGGCCAACAUGCGGGUCUUCGAUGAGGGCAAGUGGAAGUCGGAUGUGGGCUACCUGGCGCCCUUCGACGGCGUCACGGAGCAGCUGAGGGCCAAGAUGGAGAUCGCGGCGAAGCCCAAGGAGGAAGUCGAGGAGGAGGACACCGAGGGCGUGGACCUCUACAAGGGCGCCUUCUCAUUGGCCUAUGGUACCCUGACCUUGCUGCGUGAUGCCAAGAUGCACCUCAAGAGGAACCGUUUCUAUGGCCUUUUGGGCCCCAACCAGUGCGGCAAGACCACGCUGAUGCGCGCCAUCGCCAACGAACAGCUGGAGGGCUUCCCGAAGCGAGAUGAGUUGAAGUCGGUCUUCGUGGAGCAUGAGAUUGAGGAUGAGGAGGUGGGCGUGCAAGAUGAUGGCUUUCCCAUCCUGUCGGUGGAUAAGCCUGGCUGGUGGUGGGUGGUUCACACCUGCAACGACAUCUACAAGUUGGAGCCCCCCGUGAAGGAAGACACCGUGAAGGAACUGAUGAAGUCCAUCGGUUUCGGCUAUCCCGGUGGCCCCGAUCGUGCCGCCAACCUGGAGCUCCCGGUGACCAGUUACUCUGGGGGUUGGAAGAUGAAGAUGCAGCUCUGUGCUGCCCAGUUGAUGAACGCCGACGUGCUGAUGUUGGAUGAACCCACGGGUCACUUGGACGUGGACAACAUCAAGUGGUUGGAAGAUUGGUUGGAAUCCUUCCCCGGAUCCAUCAUCUGCACCAGUCACUUCAGUCCUUUCUUGGAUAAGAUGUGCACCCACAUCAUUGACUUCCAGGACCGCAAGUUGAAGACCUUCAAGGGCGUCAAAGGCACCUGUUUGACGCAGUUCGUGGAGAAAUAUCCUGAGAAGAAGGCGUACUUCGAGAUCAGCAACGAGACCAUGAAGUUUGUGUUCCCUGAGCCCGGCCCUUUGGAGGGUGUGAAGAGCCGAAGUAAGGUGAUUUUGCGCAUGAACAACGUGAGCUUCACCUACCCCACCAAGGACAAGCCCACCAUCAUGGACGUCAGCCUCACCGUGAGUCAGGUGAGCCGUGUGGCGGUGAUCGGCGCCAACGGCGCGGGGAAGUCCACAGCUAUCAAGGUCUUGGUGGGAGAACAGCUCCCCACAGAAGGUUCCAUCUGGAAGGCCCAGGGUCUGCGUUUGGCCUACGUCGCCCAGCACGCCUUCCAUCACUUGGAGAAGCACAUGCAGGAGACGCCCACGGCUUACAUCAUGUGGCGCUUCGCAGGGAACGAUGACCGCGAAUCCCUGGAGUUCAAGACCGACGAGCUCUCCGUGGACGAAGAGAAGGCCCGCGCGCAGAAGUGGUGCAUCGACAGCGUGACGGGCAACGUGCGACGCUGCACCGAUCCUAAGGAAGAUGCCAAGAAGGCCAAACAGGAUGAGGCCGGCGCCGUGAUCCCGGAUGCCAUCGUGAACCGCCGUCAGAAGAAGAAGGAGAAGACCUUCGAGUACGAGGUCAAGUGGCAGUUCAAGAGCAUGGAUUCCAACACCUGGGUGGAGAAGGACACCCUGGUGAAGAUGGGUUACCUGAAGCUGGUGCAGCGUGAGGAUGAGCGUCAGGCGGCCAUGGCUGGGCUGAUGACCAAGCAGCUGACACAGCCAGGUGUUGAGAAGCACUUGGCGGAUUUCGGUGUGGAUGCAGAGAGUGCCAGCCACACUCAGAUCAAUCAGCUCUCGGGAGGCAUGAAGGUGAAGGUGGUCCUGGCGGCGGCCAUGUGGCAGAACCCGCACGUGUUGAUCUUGGACGAACCCACCAACUACUUGGAUCGCGAGGGCCUGGGAGCGCUGAUCCUGGCCAUCAAGGACUACAAGGGCGGGGUGCUCAUCAUCUCCCACAACAAGGAGUUCUGCGACAACGUGGCCACCGAGAAGUGGAUCAUGCAGGGCGGCCGCCUGCGCAUCGAAGGCGAAUCCGUGGACACCUCGAAGGACGAGGGCAGCGGGGCACAGGGACCCGAUGAGGUCUUUGAUGGCGCGGGGAACAAGAUCGAGGUGAAGAAGAGCGUGACCAUGACGGAGAAGGACAAGAAGAAGGCCAUCAAGGACAUUGAGAAAAAGAUCAAGGAUGGCAAGAAGAAGCAGACCUUGACAGAUGAAGAGGUCUGGGAAUUGGAGGACAAGCUCAACGAGCUCAAGGAAAGCCUCAAGGGCAAAGAGUGAGUGGAGCUCUCAAGUUGACUCGAAAAAUCCGGUCUUUCCGCUUGAGGAAGCGGCGAAGCAACAUCUCACAACAGUGAGAG